AAAGUUAUGCUUUUUAGUUUUUAGCCAGGUAUAUACUAUUCUUGAAUGGAGAUUAUUACAACAUACUAAAUUAAUUUAUUUUCGUCUUCAGUGUUUGAAUUAGUGAUUGAAAUGAUUUUAUUUUUUGUAGUCAUCGAAUACAAACACCAGUUAACUAUCCACACAUAUGGUAGUGUUUUAUUGUUUUAAUUUUCUUUCUUUUCAUAGGAUAAAAAGAAGAGAAUAACACGAUGUUGCAAUUUUAUACUGUAAUUUAACUGAAUGAAAAUUUAGGUGAACAAAAAAGACAAACAUAGUGAAUCUUUAUUAUUAUUGUUAUUUUAUAUACAUGUAAAAUGGUAAACCAUGUUGUCUGAUCUACGAACAUUAUCAUCAGUGAAAUUUUUAAUUAAAAUAACUUUAAAGAAAUAUAGAAAAGAAAUAAAAAAACAUUUUUUCAUCUGAGUUAUUAGAAAACAUUUACUAGAACCCUUUUCUCCAAAUGUGAUUUUAUGAUGGGUUGAUGUUUUAGUUAUUUAAAAUUUAAUUAUAAAAUCUAAUUAUAUUUAAAAUAUUAUUAAUAUAAUUUCUAAAACAAUGAAUGUGCUCUAAGUGUCAUACUGUAUCAAGAGUUUGUCAAUAAACUCUUUAGCCGUGAAUUUUUUUUUUGAAAAAAAUAUUAUUCUAUAUCUAUCUAUACUAUUAUUUAUAAAGUGAUUUUGCUGAUUUGUCAUCCUCCCUAUAGUUUUAGUUUAUUUGCUUAUUUGUCAUAUUUUCCAUAAUUUUAGGUAAUUUUGGUUAUUUAUCAUAUGCUUGAUAAUUCUAAUUAAUAGUUUUACUUAAUAAAUCUAUAAUGUUGCUAGAUUAUAAUAUAUAUUUAACCAAUUGUUAUCUUUUUGUUCACACGAUAAUAUUAUAAAAAAACCUAUUAUAGUUUAGUUUAUGUCAUAUUAAGUGACGUCCUAUUGCUUUGGAUAUCUUAUGUAUAUUUUUUUAUUAUGUGGUUCUUUCUGGUUUUGUUCAUAAUGAAUCUUCUAUCCUGUUUUUUUCAGUGGCUAUGGAAAUAGAAGAAGGAUUAUAUUGUCUAGAUAAAUAUAAUUGUAUUCUCUUAUGUUUUUUUUACUUGAGUUUCUUUUAGUUUGUAGCAUCACUAUUUUGUUAUAUGAAUUUUUGGACUUUGGGCUUCGGUUGUCCAAGAACAAGAAAAAGAAGAAGAUCUAAAAUCAAGGAGCGCAAAAUACAUAGAAGAUGUCGUCCAAUCACGAGAAGGUUGAAUGAUUAAAUUGAUGUAUUAUUCAAUUCACUUAGCUUUAUGUUUGUUUAGAUGUUUUGUUUGUUUUUACCUAAUUGAGUUAUUCUUAGUUGUUUGAUUUUACCUAAAGGUAAAUUUCACGUUGAUGGCCACCUUAAAUUCUCCAUCUCAAUAGUUAAAAAGAAAAACCUAUAGUGUACAGUGUACAUGUAAGUUCUUGGUCUUAUGGACGUUAUUUGUGUGAAUCCUGAGUAAAUAAAAAUGUAUGAGCUCAAAAUUAAAACAAGGCAUGAACUUUAUACCUGACUUGAUCAAUUGGUUGGUUAUGGUAAUGAUACAAAUUUACAGAUUGUAUUAGUUAGUUAAUUAAACAAAUAUACUCUAAUAUAAAAUUGUGUAUCCUGAGUAAAUAAAAAUGUAUGAGCUCAAAAUUAAAACAAGGCAUGAACUUUAUACCGACUUGAUCAAUUGGUUGGUUAUGGUAAUGAUACAAAUUUACAGAUUGUAUUAGUUAGUUAAUUAAACAAAUAUACUCUAAUAUAAAAUUGUGAUAUUAUUAGUUUCAAAUUGAUAUUUUUGAUCUGAACUAUCACAAUAAAAAAAGUAAUUAGAGUCAUUCUACAUUUAAUGAAUAAUUAUCUUUAUUUAUAAUGCUUAAUAAUUAGAUAAUUAUAUUUACUCAUUAUGUAGAUAAUUAUAUAUUAAUAUACAACAAUAAAACCACCCAAAAAUAAAAGGUAAGCUUGCAUAAAUAAUAAUCGAGUAAAAGAAAAUUUAAUUAUAUAUUAUCAUUAUCUAAAAAAAUAUUAAUUAACCUGUUAUUAUCCAAAAUCAAUACAAGCUGAUAUAUAUAUACAUAUAUAUAUCUUUAUAUAUUUAUCAAAGUAAUAUAAUUGUAGAUACAAACAAUAAUCUUAUCAGUUUUUAGUAUAAAAAUGUUUAGACAAAAAAAAUAUUAUAUCAUAUAGUUUUAUUAUGAGGAAAAUAUAUUUCUAUUAAAGAUAUACUUAAAUGUGACAUAUAAAAUUUGGUGAUAAAAUUAAGGUCGUUGAAGAGUUUCCUAAAAUAUAGAUGAAAGCAAUAUAAUUAAAAAAGUGAUGAUUUUUAAAUAAAUAAUACAUGUUUAAAUUUUAUAAAAUGCUUAUAUCUGCAUACGCGGACACAACACCUAGUUUUUUAUGAUUAAAUAGUAUAAUAUGUAAACAUAGAUAUAGGAAAGAAAAGAAGAGAAGUAAAAUGAGAUAAAAAUAAUCGAAUUAUAUUGAUUGUGGUUCCACUAGUUUCUUCACUGUGAAAUGAUGGAUGAUACGUGUCGAGCAACUGAACGAAUAUUCCAUGAGUCCAUGACUUCCAUUGGAGGUAUAGUAUUUUAUGUAUCAUGAAUUCGUUGCCUAAUUGAUUCUCAUAACAUUAGCAUUUAGUACACCUACGUGUGUGUGUGAACUUACUACUAGCUAGACAUAUGUACCAAGGGCUAAAAGAAAACUUAUAAUAUCAUAAAUUCAUAUGUAAUGUAUAGGUGGAAAACGAGCUAGGGAAGAGAAGGCGAAGCUGGACCAGUUAGGAAGGAGAGGACGAAGCUGGACCAGCUUAGGAAACAGAGGACGAAGCUGGACCAGCUUCGAAACACUCCUGUCUUCGUUCUUUGACCUUUGACUUGCUCCACUACCACAUGCAUGAGAGACCGUGUCAAUUAUUCUGAGAUCUAUUUAUUUUACGUCGGUUUUGAAUGAACUACGGUUUAAUAAUAGAGUUUUCGAGUUUUGGCGUCAAAUUAUAUAACAACACGUCGUAUUAGAUCAAACACUAGUACACUGACGCAUCUUCAUUGUUUUCUUUUACUUGUCAAUUGUUUUCCUCUAACUGCCUUUAAUUUGUCAUCAAUCAUUAAUGUUAUAUUCAUAGCUACAUCUACAUUCACCUCACUAAAUACGUUAAAAUAUGUGCAAAUGAUUCUAGUUUGUUUUUGUUAUUAUAAGAAAUAAUUGUCAUCAAUCAUUAAUGUUAUAUUCAUAGCUACAUCUACAUUCACCUCACUAAAUACGUUAAAAUAUGUGCAUAUGAUUCUAGUUUGUUAUUAUAAGAAAUAAAGGUAAUAGGCAUGAUAUAUAUAAGAUCAUCUUCAUUCCAACUGCAUAAUAUACUAUAAAAUGAAGUGAAAAAUUCAGUCAUAAACAAACAAAAAAGCAUUACUCCAUUUUUAGAGUACUGAUUUUUUUUCUUUCAUGAUAGCAUUUUUCAUUCUAUUUUGCAGUAAAUUAUGCAAUUGGAUUGGAAAUGCCCUAAAUUAUAUAGUUUUGUUUUGUUUGCCGGAGAUUUUAAAUCCUAUAAAUCAUAAGGAACAUGCUGGCUCUAGCCAUGGAGAUCUUAACCAUAAUAUAUAGGUUUUGACAUAAAUAUACAUAUAUAAACCGAAUCAUUCGAUAUCUGAAUUUUAAUUUCAAAAUACAUAAUUUUGAAACGUUUUAAACAAUACCAGAAUCAGACUAUCUAUAUAUGAUGAUUUCGAACAAUACUAUUUGUACUAAAACAAUGUUUAGAAUUUAGACAAGAGUAUUUAUAUAUUUAAAUUAAUUGUAUAGCAUUGCUAAAUUUAAAUUCUAUUUUCCGGUAAGAGAUUCUUUGUUUCACCGGGAGAGGAUACAAUGCAUAUGACUACCAAAACAUUCAACAGAAGUAACAAAAGCAAAAAUACAUAAAAGCUUCUUAGUUGUUCCCAUGAGAACAAUGCAAUGACAGACCGGAAGAUUCUGCCCCUUUGUUGUUCAUCACUUUCUUGUCUGCACAUAAACUUAAAUUUAUAAAGAAAUUAUCAAUAAAUUAAAAUCAGAAGAAUUUGAUAAGAAAUAUUAAGGUCCAUUACAUAAGAAGUUAUUAAGGUCCAAGUCCACGUCACGAGUUUAUUUUGAUUUCAAUGUAUUUGUCGUGUAAUAUCUGUCUUCAUUCGAUAAUUUAUUUUAGACAAACAAAACCCUCCACUGACAAAAUUAAAAUUCAUUUAUUUACACAUUUCUCUUUCGGUAUAUAGAGAGCAUCAGAUCUCUACACACUGUGUCGUGAGAAACAAGAUUUGGUUUCAAAAUGUGAUUAUGUUAGCUAGUUUCUUUUGAAUUGAUAGCAGUAAUUUUGAAGGCAACUUUUACAAAAGUCUCAAUAAAGUUAUCGCUGAAGUUUCUACCCUACUUAACGCCAACACAUAAAACAUAUCUUAAAUUUCACUACUUUGAAUGUUUGUAAAUAAUUGAGUGAAGUCUAGAUACUAAAGCGCCAUAUCAAAUCGAUCUAUGGUUUCGAGUUUCGAGUCUCAACUACUACUAAUAUAGCUAGUCAUUGACUUAUCGAAUCAAUAAUAAAGGAGAUGAGAUAAAGUUACUAACUAGUUUUUGAAUCAGAUGAGCUGCAGACUAGAGAAUAGCUAAUAUUCUAUGACGACUUUCGUCUCUAGAUUUUGUAGAAUUAGGUGUUUCUAACUUUCUAAGACUUCGAAGUAAAAAUAUUGUUUCAUUAUGAAGAAAAAUAAAAACAAAAAACACAAAACCAAUGAACAAACUGAGAUAAGUAAAGAAAAAAAAAACAAUAGUAUUCCCAUUUCCCUUUGAAAUUGUUAGAUGUUUUGAACCUUUUGUUUUUUUGUGUCGUUAAAUUAAAUGCUCUUUUUUUUAACUUAAAUCUUGUAGUUUUUUUUAAACUUUGGGUAUCAUGCUUAUGGAGAGAUCCAAACUAAUUUCCAAAAAAUGGUGCGAUCCACAGAUGAAUUUUCACUACGAAUAUUCGAAUGAACCGUAAAAUAAGUCCACGAGAUGAAUUAUGGUGUGGACCCGAAUUGUUUGGCAAUCUCAAAAUCUCCUACCACUAGACCAUCACCUCAUGGUUUGAAAUCUUGUAGUUGAAGAAAUAGUACAAAAGUAGUUAGACAAAUAAACGGAAGAAAUUCAAGAUUUACCACAAAUGACUAGGUUAAAUCUCUUAAUUGAGAUGAUAAGUCUAAGAUGUAUUGUGAUUAAGAUUAGUGAAAGUUGUUGCUGAGAAAAUUUUAGUUUAGAUGAAGGCAUUGAUAGAGAUACGUGCAAAAAGAAAGUGGGGUUAUAUUAGAAUACGUGAAUCAGAAACGAGUCAAAGUUUUUGCCGUAAAAGAAAAAACAGUCAAGGCUUUUAGAUUUGGUUGUAUUAUUAUGGCUAGGCGGUGUGAUUAUCACGGGUCCUUGAUGUUAACUUAAGUAAGUGGACGUUGUCUUCCCUGGGACCUUCUGCGUUCCUAGUCGUUCGCAAUUCACUGAUUUAGUUUGACCAAAUUAUAAUUCGAGAUCUGAUUUUUAAUACACACAUCAGUGUUUUGGUGGUUGUCUGUAUAGUGAUUAAAAGCGAUCGAAACUUGAAGCUUGCGACUGAAAAAAGUUUGUUAUGUCAUGAUUAUUCAUAAUUGAGAUUUCUACAUACGCAAACGUUAAUUAAGCUCGUAUAUUAUGGAAAAAUAUUAACAAAUAUUUACGAUUAAAUGUUACUAUUAUAUUGUUUUAAUUGCUAUCCAUCCAUCCAGGCAUCCAUGCAGUGAACUGAAUUUUCCUGCAACAUGUUUGAUAUGUAAGAAAAAAAAACAACAUUUCAAUGGCAUCUGGAUUCUCAUAUUAUUGUUUUACAUGUAUUUGGUGAUUUCCAAAAAAAUUAUCGAUGCGUAAGCUUAUCAAAAGAUACAACUACUAUACCAUUGCCAAAUGGCAUAUUAUGUUUUUUUAGUAAAAUAUGAAGCUAUGAUAUUUUUUAAAGCCAAAAUGGGAAAAAAUAAAAUCAAGAUUGAUGGAAAUGAAUUUGAUACGUAGGAUUUGGUAUCAUAAUUUCAGCAUUUCAGAACUAUUGUUGAAAGAAUUGGUUUCUUAUGCAGUGUAAAAAUUAUAGGUCCAUGCAAAAAGUGCUAUCCAUCCAUUCACAUAAAUCGCAUAAGAGAAAGAUUAUAUACGAAAGAAAAUAAUUGAAAUCAACCAUUAUAUAUCUUGCAGGCUAACCCAUUAAUUUCUUUUCUAUGCUACUAUAAUUUAUUGGACGUAUAAUAAACACACAAAUACACUCUGUAAGAUAAUCAUAAUACAUAAUUGUAUAUCAUUCACAUAAACCUUAAGCUUCACUUCUAAGAUGCCACUUUUUCCCCCUUAGGAUAUAUAUUACGUAGGUGGCAUCUUAUUCUUAAUGAUGUUCGAUUAAAAAUUUAAACAUAUUUAAUUUAAAAAUUCCAGCAGUUUUUCCAACGUUAUAAAGGCACACGUGUGGGCUCAGCUCACAGCCAGAUAAGGUUACCAUCUUCUUCUUCUUCUUCCUCAUACUCUCACGACAUUCUUACCUUCUUUCUCUCUGAACGCUUAAAUGCCGAGAAGUUUAGAGCCGUUGGAUCUUGGAAUCCAGAUACCGUACCAUUUCAGAUGUCCAAUCUCAUUAGAGCUGAUGCGCGACCCAGUCACCGUCUGCACCGGUCAAACCUACGAUCGAACAAGCAUCGAAUCAUGGGUCUCCACCGGUAACAACACCACGUGUCCAGUCACACGCGCUCCUUUGUCCGACUUCACACUCAUCCCAAACCACACUCUCCGCCGUCUCAUCCAAGAAUGGUGCGUCGCUAACCGCUCCAACGGCGUCGAGCGUAUCCCCACACCCAAACAGCCAGCUGAUCCCACCUCCGUUCGCGCUCUCCUCAGCCAAGCCUCCGCGACUUCCGGAGCUCACGUCUCGGCUCGCUCACGCGCCGCCGCUCUCCGUCGUCUACGUGGCUUCGCGCGGGACUCCGAGAAGAACCGCGUUUUGAUCGCGGCUCAUAACGCUAAAGAGAUUCUGAUUAGGAUCUUGUUCUCCGACGAUAUCGAUUCAUCGGAGUUGGUCUCUGAAUCGCUCGCUCUUCUCGUUAUGUUCCCGAUGACGGAGCAUGAUAAAUGCGUUUCGAUCAUUUCGGAUCCGGGUCGGGUCGAGUUUUUAACCCGGUUACUGUUCGAUUCCUCGGUGGAGACACGUGUCAACGCAGCCGCGUUGAUCGAGAUGGCGGUUACAGGAUCGAAGGAAACGGUUUCGAGUUCCGAAUCCAUUUUCGAAGGAGUCCUCGAUCUUCUACGCAAUCCGGCGUCGUCGUACCCGCGGCGAGCUCUCAAGAUCGGAAUCAAAGCUUUGUUCGCGCUCUGCCUCUCGAAGAACACGCGCCACGUCGCGGUCUCGGCCGGCGCGCCGGAGAUUCUGAUCGACAGGCUCGCGGCGGGGUUAGACAGGUGCGACACGGAGCGAGCGUUAGCGACGGUGGAGAUUCUCUGCCGAUCUCCGGAGGGAUGCGCGGCGUUCGGGGAGCACGCUCUGACGGUUCCGGUUCUUGUCAAGACGAUUCUGAGGGUUUCUGAUAGGGCGACGGAGUACGCGGCGGGGGCGCUGCUGGCGCUUUGCACGGCGGAGGAGAGGUGGAGAGACGAGGCGGCGGCGGCGGGAGUGGUGGUUCAGUUGCUGCUGAUGGUGCAGAGUGAGUGUACGGAGAGGGCGAAGAGGAAGGCGCAGAAGCUGCUGAAGCUUCUGAGAGACUCGUGGCCUGACUACUCCUUCGCUAACUCCGAUGAUUUCGCCUGCAGCGAAGUGGUCCCCUUUUGAUUUUUUAAAAUUAAUUUUCUUUUUAUUGUUUCAACAGUAAAUUAAUUUUAUUUAGUCUUUUUAUAUUUUCUGAUAAAAUAGAAGGAAGUGUGGUCAUUUCUUAUGUGUAUUUUGAUGGAAAAUGUGAAUUAAGAAAAGAAAAAAAAUACAGAAGUUUUGAUGAGCAUAAGUUAGGUUAUAUGCA